AUGGAGACGAUGCUGCAGAUAAAGGUGCUCAAGGAGAGCAUCCACCGGAAUGACAUUGCAAUAAAGAACCUGCUCAAGGACAUUUGGGAGUGCGAGGGCACACUGCAGGACCUGAACCGACUGAACAUGGACAUCUCCAAGCGGUUCAGUCAGACGAGGCAAGAUCUGGCGGACAUCAAACGCCUGAUCAAGUCGAUCGAGGACAGCGACACGGUCGCCUCUCUGGCCAGCCAGCACGAGCAGAUGCAGAAUCAGUUCGAGGUGAACAUGCUGGUGCAGUCGAAGGCGGUGACGGCCAGCACGCGGCGGAUCAACCAGCGGACGCGGGAGAGCCUCUUCAAGGGCGCCGGAGAGCUUCGAAAUCGCCAACUAAACGGCAACUACUCCGAUGAUGGCAGUGGCCAGCCCAGCGAGGAGAUCCUCGCCAACCAGGCCUCCCACCUGACGGAGAGCCUGCAGUCGGUGAAUCGGCUGCUGGCCAGCGAGGUGGAGAAGAGCAAGUACACCCUCGACACGCUGGUCAGCUCCUCGGCGGUGGUCACCGAAACGAGCGAGGAGUUCAAGACCAUGUCCAGCUACAUCGCCAACUCGAAGACGCUGCUGAACAAGUACGGCCGCCGGGAGCUGACCGACAAGGUGCUCAUCGCCCUGGCCAUUGCCUUCUUCUACGG